UGAAACUGUGUAAAUAUCAUCAUUUCCUAUGCUCCUUAACAUCACAGCUAUCCUAUUUAAUUGGAUUAAUCUUCUUACAAGCGGCUUUUGGUUUGAUGGAACUAUCACAUCCAGAUAACUCAAUACCAGUCAACCGGUUCGUAACACCACUUCAUAUCGUACCUGAAUGGUAUUUUCUAGCAUAUUAUGCGGUGUUAAAAGUAAUUCCAUCCAAAACCGGUGGUUUGUUAGUAUUUAUGUCAUCAACAUGUCAAUGA